AUGGCCGCCCUCUCCAAGUUAUUACCGCCCGAUCGUUCCAUUAAGCAGGUCUUCUCCAGUCUUACCUCCCUUUACCUCAAACAUCGCACUCGAAUCUCACGCGCCGUAUACCUUGCGCUUUUCGCGGCUCUUGCGAAACGAAUACACAAUGCUAUUGCCGAGCAAAAGGCUGCCUCGCAGCAGGUAGAGUUACACCGACGACCUGGCACCAGCAGCCUCGGCGAGGACGAACAACCCCGGAAGAAGCGGGUGGAGAUCAACCGGGAGUUCUUUAAGAACCUCCUGCGCCUGCUCAAGAUCGUGAUACCGGGAUGGCGUAGUAAGGAGCUCAGGCUUUUGGUGAGCCACAGCGUCUUCCUGAUCUUGCGGACAUUGUUGAGUCUGUACGUGGCCGAACUGGAUGGCCGUUUGGUGAGCAACUUGAUCCGCGGGAAAGGCAAGGACUUCCUCCUCGGUCUUGUCUGGUGGAUGAUCGUCGCUGUUCCCGCGACAUUUACGAACUCCAUGCUCUCCUACCACCAGUGCAAGCUCGCGCUGAGCUAUCGCAAACGAUUGACCGAUUAUAUACACGACAAAUACCUAUCCAACAUGACCUUUUACGCCAUCUCCGCCCUCGACGAUCGGAUCAAGAACCCCGACCAGCUUGUCACGGUCGACGUGUCGCGCUUUUCGGACAGCUUGGCUGAGCUCUACUCCAACCUUGCCAAGCCCAUCCUUGACAUGUGCAUCUACAACUACUCACUCUCUAAAAAUGUCGGAGGGGAAGGGUUAUUUAUCAUGAGUCUGCUGGUGCAAUUGUCAGCUAACGUGAUGCGCAUGCUCACCCCGCCGUUUGGCAAGUAUGUCGCUGAUGAGGCCCGUCUGGAGGGCGAGUUCCGCUUCCUGCACUCGCGUCUUAUCGACUAUAGCGAAGAGAUUGCUCUCUACCACGGUCAUGAAGCUGAGAAAGACACGUUGGAUAAGGGCUACUUCACCCUCAUCAAGCAUGUGAAUCGUAUUUUGCGCCGACGCCUCUACCACGGGUUCAUGGAGGACUUUGUCAUUAAAUACUUCUGGGGUGCUUUGGGCUUGAUCCUUUGCAGUGUACCCGUCUUUUUCAAGAUCCCUGGUCAGGUCGCUCAUUCUAUGGGCGAUCGUACCGAAAACUUUGUGACCAAUCGACGGAUGUUACUAUCUUCAUCCGAUGCCUUUGGUCGUCUGAUGUUCUCUUACAAGGAGAUCUCCGAGCUGGCCGGUUUCACGGCUCGUGUCUCCUCGUUACUGGACGUCAUGGAUGACUUGACGGCCGGGCGAUUCGAGAAGAAGCUGGUCAUUGAAAGCGACUGUAUCGAAUUUACUGAUGUCCCGAUCGUCUCGCCCAACGGGGAUGUCCUGGUGCGCCAGCUAUCCUUCACGAUCUACCCUGGCGACCAUCUCUUGAUCGUCGGGCCCAAUGGGUGCGGUAAAUCAUCCUUGUUCCGUAUUUUGGGCGGUCUCUGGCCCGUGUACGGUGGCACGGUCAAGAAACCCUCCUUUGAAGAUAUUUUCUACAUUCCCCAACGGCCUUACCUCUCGCGAGGCACCCUCCGCCAGCAGGUCAUCUACCCCGAUGGUGUGCGCGAGAUGCGCGCCAAGGGCGUGACCGACGAUGAUUUGUAUGAGGUUCUUUCCAUUGUCGAGAUCGCGUCUGUCGUCGACCGCCCCGGUGGCUGGGACGCCGAGGAGGAGUGGCGUGAUUUCGCUAUUCUGGAUGAAUGUACAUCCUCGGUGACGCUGGAGAUCGAGAAGGUGAUGUACGAGACGGCCAAAAAGUUGGGCAUUACCCUGAUGACGGUCUCGCACCGUCGCAGUCUCUGGAAAUAUCACCAGAAGAUCCUGCAAUUUGAUGGACAAGGCAGUUAUGUCUUUACCGGCCUCGACUGGGAGCGCCGGCUGAACUUGGAAGAUGAGAAAGAAGAACUUGACCUGCAAUUACGGACCGUGCCCGAGUUAGAGAGAAGGAUCCACGAGCUUACAUCGAGCUAG